CCCCUUUUCAAUCUCCUCCUUGCCUUUUCCCUUUUUCGAAAACCCCUUUGCGCAAGACCUUCGAAUCCGUUUCGUGACCCCCUCAUCCGAUAAUGUCAAGCAAUCUGUCCCAAGAUCGUGUCGAACUACUUCUCCAACGAUAUCAGCAGGCCAACCGUAUUACAACACCGAUGCUCAGCUCUUGGGCUGCUCCUGAGACAGACACACGUGCAAGGGCGAUCUUUCGAACCGCUGGUUGUUCAACUUGGCUCGCCAUUUUCGUCACAGAACGAGAUGCUGGUAACGGGGAUACCUUCGAAGGCAAAAAAGAUUGCAAAAAGUUGGUCGAGGACCUCAACGGCAUGCCCGACGAACAGAUAUCAGAAUUGGCCCAGGACUUAAACAGAACCAUGUUGGCCAGGAAUGAAGUUGGACUAUUCGAGCGUUUCCAAAAAAAGGUUAACAGGCUAAAGACUCCGACAUUACAGAGAAAGCGACCUCGUAAGUUCCAAGCUACAUCAGUUAAUUUUGUCUAAC